AUGCAUAUCUGGGGAACCCGUGGCUGGGUCCAGGGCAGCUUAGCAACACAAAGGUCUGCGGUGAUGAAGGAGAUUGCGAUGCAGAUGGAGCAGGGCUUGCCGUCAGCCUUCGUCAAAGUGCAUGAGUACCGCUGGCAUCGGCUGCGGACUGCGCUAGUGACAACGCAUCCUGUCUACGAGCUCUGCCUCUGCGACUUGCACAUCACAGCGGCGAAGAGGGCCAAAAUCAUCAUGGAUUGCCUUCUCGGAUCCCUGGCCUUCGUGGCCCUCUUCUUCUCGGUAGAUGGCUCGGCUGUAGCUGCCAGGAGCCCCUCGGAGUGCCCCAUCGAGCAAGGAACAUUUCUGUGGUACACCUUCGUGGCCCUGCUUUCCGUGACCCUGAACUUCCUCCCGGGCAGCCUGGAAACUCAUCUCGCAUGGCGAAGCUUCGUUCAGGAGGACGUCACUCAUCGGCGCUGGCAGCUCUGGCGCAGGCGCUGCAAGGACUCCGGCUUUUGGGUGUUCAGCGUUGCUCUCACACUUUUGCAUCUUUUGGUUAUCACGGCCUUCCUGGCGAACUUGGCGGAGGCAGACGAGUACAAGUGGAUGUUCACCUUCGCAGUUGUGAUUUUCCGAAAGAUUGUUAUUGUGCCGCUGCUUGCAUGCUUGCUCUCGAGCCUGGGCACUGAGCUGGUCAUGUGUGGAAGCUCUGGAGACCGGAUUCUUCCACCCAAGAAGCUUGGACUGGACAUCCAGCAGCUCUCCUCCAUGCGCAGUGCUGACAGCAUUGACGUCCCACCGUCAACCUCUGAGUCUGGAGGUGCUUCAAAGCUCUGGCUUGAGAAAGUCCAAGAGCUCGCAGGUCGUGGAAUGACAAUCCGCCAGCUGCUGGACUUCUAUGCGAGCCUCGGGCACGGCAGCAUGGAGCACUUCGAUCCCAGCCGUUCGACAACGCAUGACGUCGUGCGACAGGCUAUCAUCCCGCGCUCACUGCAACUCAGGGAGGCGCGCUGCUUCGUUGUCCAGGUACAUCGGGCAACUGGCCUUGCCACUAUGGAUCUGAUGUCUGGCUCCGACCCCUACUGCGUGGUCUCUGUGCAAGGGCCCAGUGCUCUGCCGAAGCCUUGGAAAGGCGGUGGUCGUACAUCUUGCGUGGAGAACGAUCCGAAUCCGGUCUGGGAAGAAGCUUUCUUGCUGGAGGACGUGUACAGAGGCGAGGACAGCCUUCACCUGAGUGUUUGGGAUCGCGACUUUCUUUCCAGCGAUGAUCCCCUUGGCUGUUUAUCGGUGGAGACAGAGCGUUUCUGGCAAGGGUUGAGCCUGGUACAGCAGCUUCAAUUCGAGAACCCGUCAGAGGAUGGAGAACGUUGUGGCUGGCUUUAUGCUUCCAUCACGGCUUAUGCAAGUUUGGAGAAGGCAAAAGAGGCAAAAGAGGCUGCGCAUAUCAUCCAAACAUCCAGAAUGCCCAGAUCGGGACCCCGCAUUACAUCCCUGUGGAGACAGAUGAAGAGCCAAAGCUCUAGCAUGCUGGCAGGUCUUGCGGGUGAAGAUGUUGGCACUGACGCAGACGAGCAAGCUGUCAUUGGGAGUGGCUUCUCUCCAAGCAAGCUGCGUUGUGCCUCCCGUGGCAUUCUAUCAGAAGAAAGGGAAGACAUGGAGGGAUACGCCUAUGCCACGGCGGUCAGCGGGGGGAGAGCAAAUUUUGCUGCCAAGAUGGUGACACACAGCUGGCGGAACAAGUUCAGUCACCUUGUGGCCGCAGUUCUUGCAGAUGCCUUGAACGCAGAGAAGUACGACGAGCUUGCGCAAAGCCUCGCGCAUCGCGAGUUCAUGACGCUGACAGAGGCCUUGCGCAAGAGAGGGCAGCUGGAUGUUCGCUACUGGAUCUGCGCUUUCUCGGUGAAUCAGCAUACAGGAAUCUGCGCAAGUCCGCCCCCCAGCGACUCCACGGGGUAUGCCAUAACCCCCUGCGGCUGCUCAACGGCAAAACAUUUUUCUGGGGAGCUUAGUGAGAUGAAUAAAUUCGACGACAUGAUGGCCUACCUCAAGGACUCCUGGAGUGCAAAAGGUAAGGCAAGAUUUGAGCAAGUGGUUGCUAUGGAGGCGGACUUCUCUCUCCUGACGCGUGUGUGGUGUUUGGCCGAGCUGGUGGAAGCACGUGAGAUACACCUACCGCAGGCCAUCAAGAUCCACUCAGCAGCAGCUCGAGAUCUUUGCUUGGAUCGCUUGGCUCAGUUGGAUGUCCGCGACGCCGAAGCAUCCUUCCCUUCGGACAAGGACUUUGUCCUUGGCAAGAUCCAUGACCCAGAGGCUUUCAACAAGGAUCUCCAGGAUUUGGUGCUUCAUCGGCUGCACUCUUUUCUGCAGGGCGGCAGGGUUCGCACUGCAGCGGCAAUCUUCGACGAAGUCGUCCUCGCAGCCUUCAGCCUAGCCAUCUAG